UUGUUUACGACUAGAACGUUUACCGCUUUUGUCAAGUUAACGUCAGAGUUGAUUUUUCGUCGCAAGUAAAAGGCAAGCUUACGAAGCAGGUUAUGAAAAUUAACACAGCAGGUUAGCGUAAUUUUAUUGAAAUUGUUGUGCUUUUUACUUACAUUUUCCAAUAACUGGAUCCCUUUUAACCAUUACCAAGUGAUUUUUUUAUAUAUAUAAUAUGGCGCUACCGGCUGUCAAUCGUGCCCUCUUUGCUAAUAGGAGUCAAAUAAAACCAUUUAUUUCAGAGGUCUUACGCAACCUGUCAUUAAGUAGCCGAUUCAAUUUUAAGACACAAUCAUUGCAAUGUCUGAAAACGGCGACUUCUCAAUCGAAUGCUGUUACUGUGCACAGAAGGUCACAGCUAUACCGAAUAUGCGAAAGCAAUGGGGAUGGAAAUAGUCGUGCUACGAGUAACUGGACUUAUGCAAUGUGGAGUGCAAUUGCGUUUUCUCUCUUCGGCAAAGCUGAGGAGGACACCAGAACUGAAGCUCAGAAGAAAGAAGAUGAGGUCAUUUUACUUUUGAAGAGAGCCAAGCUCAGUAUAAUGCGGGGGCAGCUGCAUGGAGCCAACGGAUUCCUUCACCAGGCAAUUGCGCUGGCCCACCAGUCUCACAAUACACAAGCAAUCAUCUACACCUACAGCCUGAUGGCAAACCUUGCCUAUGUCCAAGGUGAGCUGGAUAAUGCAGAGAAACUGUUCAAAGCGGCCAUGAGUUUCAUGUUGUCCGGAGGAACACCAGAGGACGACAAUGGGGUCAUUGAGAUAUCCUUGAAGCUUGCUACCAUAUAUGCCGGCCAGAAUAAGAAUGACCUGGCAGAGACUGGUUUCCAGUUUUGCACUGAAUCCCUUGAAGCCAAGUUAGAGAAAUUCAAGGAACUUCCUGCUGAGGAACAGUCAGAGGAGUUACGGAUGGAGACCCGGCUGCUGCUGGGCCUGACCUUGGACUCCCACGCUCGCUACAUGGCCGCCACACACCGCCUGAGCCGGGCGGCACUGGACUACAAGCGAGCCCUACUUAUCUGCCAGGAAGAGCAGGGAGAGACCCACCCACAGUCGCUGGUGCUGCUGAGUGACCUGGCCACCAUCCUGGACCUGCAGGGCCGCCACGAUGAGGCCCUGCCCCUGGUAAAGCAGGCCGUGGAGCUGAGCAGAGAAGCCGGCCACCCUGACCAGCACGUGUUGUUGGGAAACAUGGCAGGCGUCCUACUGCACAAUGGUCUGUUUGAGGAGUCUGUGAAGCUGUACAAGGAGGCCCUGGCGCUGGCCCAGUCCGUAGGAGAUGAAGAAGCAGUAGAGCAGAUCCGGGAGGGGCUGAAAGAGGUGGGCAACAGGAGGAAAGCGAAGAAGGCGGAAACAGAAGCCCCCAAGACUGGGACCGAAGCCCCCAAGACUGGGACCGAAGCCCCCAAGACUGGGACCGACUGACCAGUUGGAUCAACCAAACGAAUAUUAACACGACCCCCAAGCCAUCUCUCUGAACCUUUCUGUUUGCAAAUCUGAAGGGACCGAAAUUUGAUGGGUCAUGUAUGCACGAGAUACGGAGCAUAUGGCAUAUAGAGUAGCUCAGGAGGAGAAGGAGAAAUGCAAUAACACAAUCACACUGUUUUCAAGACAACAGUUUUAUCUUACUAUGGGCAUGCAACAAUCUCAUCUGUGAAACCCUGCAAUGUUUUUGUCUGUAUUGUGUGAAAUCUCACUCCAAUGAGGUGUUCUUUUGUUGUGAGUUUGGCUCAAGAUGUAAGGGGAAAGACUUGGAGCUAAAAUAAGUAAGACCAAAGCUGGAAUUCAGUCAAAGGUAUGUUGUCGACAAGCGUAUUGCACAUUUACUUUUAAAUUGCUACUCCUUUGUAUUUACGCUUGAGACAUCAUCCGGAGCGUUUAUCAUGAAUGCGAUCUCUUUACGAACGUCGGGGAAAAUGCGAUUUGUUGACAACCCGCUUUUGAUUGAAUCCCAGCCUGAAUAAUGGCAUCUUAGGAGAAUGGCAAGUCAUGUGAAUGACUAUAAAUAAAACUGUGUAAAAUAUGUACAAUUUAUGUGUAUACAACACAAUAAUUUCAUACAGACUGGAAAGUGGCAUGGGACUUAACUGUCAGCUUCAAGAGUGAAAUGCCAAAUCAAUAAUUGUAUUGUUUUCCCUUUGUGUGAACAACCAAGAUAUAACAUAAGGCCGAGGCUGCGGGUCCGACUUUUCUGGACCCCGCUUUCCAGCGGCUGGGGUCUCGUGGCUUCUGCGCAUGUGGGGGAUUCUGUACUUUGCCCACAAUCUCUGCUCAACUCGUUGAGAACCUCCCUUCACAUUUCGCACUGUCAAUCGUGAAUGAUAAUUCGUCAAAUGUUACAGGUGAAACGUCCAUGCUGCAUCUGCAUACUGCCGAUUUGGUGUCAAUCAGUUUCAUGGGGAUACAGUGCAUUCGGAAAGUAUUCAGACCCCUUGACUUUUUCCUCAUUUUGUUACGUUACAGCCUUAUUCUAAAAUUGAUUAAAAGUAAUAAUAAUCCUCAGUUAUCUACCAUCAAUUCUCCAUAAGGACAAAGCAAAAACAGGUUUUUAGAUUGUUUUUGCAAAUGUUAAAAAUA